UUUUUGAAUUUCUAUGUCAACGUCAAAUUAAUCUUUUUUUUGAAAAAACAUGAAUCACUGCCAUCACUGGUCACUAUCGGCAACGGCGGCGCCGGUGACGACAAUCACUGUUAUCGUCUCAUUGUUAUCGCUAAUAUUGUCGGUCGUUAAUGGCGGCGACGGGAGCGACAGUGGCGACAACAGCAGCCGAUUAUCGGCUAAUGAAUCGCUGGACAAUUGUUCAAAACUUGUGAAACACGUUACUAACUGUGCACUCAUACGGUGGAAACUAGUGCCGGAUUCGCCCAACAAUGAUGACCAGAUGUCGCCGAAAAAAUGUUGCGCACUGGCCGAACUGUACUGUGCAAUCAAUGGUCAAUUGACAGACAACUGUCCCGAAGCUGUUCCAUCGGCUGAUGUAAAGGACGAAAAUUUUCGUAACCUAAUGACAAAGUGUUCAAAAAUCAAGUUUCCGCCCAAUCAGUCAAACUGUGGCCGAUUGAAACCCAAUCAACCGGAUGGUAAACUUUGCAACGACUACUAUCCGUGCAGUAAUGUUGGCCAUAUGUCCGGAUUGGUUUUUAUCGGCGGCGGAGGCGUACGGCCACUGUUUGACUACCAACUGAUGGCGGCCACAUCGGCAAUAAUCUGCACCAUCGGUUUUCGUAGCGGUUUAGAUUUAGUAUAA